AUGGCACAGAGAACGGAGAAAGAAGAGACGGAAUUCAAGGCGGUGCCGGAGACGCUGACUAUGUGCGUUAAUAACUGCGGCGUCGUUGGGAACCCAGCGACCAAUAAUAUGUGUCAAAAGUGCUUCAAUUCAACCACGACUGCUAGCUCUACGACGUCGCAUCGUAUUCGUAGCAGAUCCUUGAGGUCAACGUCUCCACGCGCUGUAUCGGUUGAUCUCGUGGUAGAUCGGACGGUUGUGGUGUUAAAUGAAGAGUUAAAGGAGGCGGAGAAGACAGAGACGGUGGUGGCGAAGAAGGAGGUGAGUCGAUGCUCUGGAUGCCGGAAGAGGGUGGGUUUGACCGGUUUCCGGUGUCGGUGUGGAGAUUUGUUCUGCGCCGAGCACCGGUACUCAGACCGCCACGAUUGCAGCUAUGAUUACAAGACCGCUGGCCGUGAAGCGAUCGCUAGGGAGAACCCGGUGGUCAAAGCGGCAAAGAUCGUUAGAAUAUGA